CGCCGCGACAACAUACGUACCGGAAGUAGCAUUCGCUAGCAAGUACUGUGCUUUGUUGUUCAAGCCUUGUGCGCGUCUUUCGUUUUUUUUGACACACGAACUGUGUGAGACAUGGAGACAAUUUUAGAGCAACAACGUCGCUAUCAUGAAGAAAAAGAGAGGCUAAUGGAUGCUAAAACUAAAGAAGUACUACACAAGAAAUCGACGUUGCGGGAACAGAUUAAUUCGGAUCACCGGACAAGAUCCAUGUUAGAUAGGUACAUGGACGUGAGUGCCAAUCUGAGGGACUCUUAUGAGGACAAAGAUGGAAUGAGAAGAGAUGAACUUGCUGCCAUCUCGGGACCGAACGAAUUUGCAGAGUUCUACAACAGACUUAAACAGAUAAAGGAGUUUCACAGAAAGCACCCGAAUGAAAUUUCCAUUCCUAUGUCUGCCGAGUUUGAAGAGCUGAUGAAAGCCAGAGACAAUCCUUGUGACGAGGCUCAGAACCUUGUGGAAUUCACGGACGAGGAAGGAUAUGGACGCUACCUCGAUCUCCAUGACUGCUACCUGAAGUACAUCAACCUGAAGGCAGCUGAGAAAAUUGAGUACAUCACUUACUUGUCAUCAUUCGACCAGCUUUUUGAUAUCCCCAAAGACAGGAAGAAUGCCGAAUACAAAAAGUACUUGGAGAUGCUGCUGGAGUACCUGCAGAACUACACAGACCGUGUCAAACCUCUGCUGGAUCAGAAUGACCUCUAUGACAAAGUGCUGUCAGACUUUGAGAAGAAGUGGGAGAGCGGUAGCUUUCCAGGUUGGCCUAAAGAGACAAGUAGUGCUUUGACACAUGCUGGGGCUCACCUGGACCUCUCUGCUUUUUCUUCUUGGGAGGAGUUGGCUUCCUUGGGUCUGGAUAGACUUAAGUCUGCUCUAAUGGCAUUGGGACUCAAGUGUGGAGGGACCCUCGAAGAGAGAGCUCAGAGACUUUUCGGCACCAAAGGCAAAUCCCUCGAAUUAUUAGACCCUUCACUGUUUGCCAAGAAUCCCAAAGUUAAAGGUCCUAAGAAAGACACCGAGCGAAACAAGGAAAUUGGCUUCCUGGAGGCUCAACUCUACGAAUAUGUUGAAAUCCUUGGGGAGCAGAGGCAGCUAACUCACGAGAAUGUGCAGAGGAAGCAAGCCAGGACUGGAGAGGAACGUGAAGAAGAGGAAGAGGAGCAGCUCAGUGAGAGUGAAAGCGAAGACGAGGACAAUGAGAUCAUCUACAACCCGAAGAAUCUGCCACUGGGUUGGGACGGCAAGCCAAUUCCUUACUGGCUCUACAAACUACACGGGCUGAACAUCAACUACAACUGUGAAAUCUGUGGAAACUACACCUACCGAGGACCCAAAGCCUUCCAGCGACACUUUGCGGAGUGGAGACAUGCCCAUGGUAUGCGCUGUCUUGGAAUCCCCAACACAGCCCACUUUGCUAAUGUCACACAGAUUGAGGAUGCUGUCUCUUUGUGGGCAAAACUGAAGUCCCAAAAGGCAUUAGAGCGUUGGCAGCCUGACACGGAGGAAGAAUAUGAGGACUCAAGUGGAAAUGUUGUCAAUAAGAAGACCUAUGAAGAUCUCAAGAGACAAGGGCUGCUGUAGAUAUUCCAGAGAAGUACACCCCGGCAUUCAGUGGGAACAUCUCUUUUACUAUCUUGUGACAAUUUGUUGUAUGAGUAGUUUUGAAUAAACACUCUCCAUCCCCAAUAUGGAUAGUUAUGUAAAAUGGCAAUUAUUGUUUUGCACAAUAAAAAUAAUACCCUGGUUACCAAUGUUUUUGACUCGGAGAGCCAUUUGCAGCCCAAGGCACUUUCUAAAAAUCAGUAAUUUCACAAGAAUAAAGUAAAAUAUUAAGAGGAAAAAGUUGUAAUCUAACAAGAAAAAGUCAUUUUAUAAGAAAAACGUAAUAGAAGCCCACAGAAGCAAAAAGGAGAGGAGUGGUUA